GGCUGUUCCCUGGCGGAGACUGCGCCGGGGCGUCCGCCGCCGCCUGCCUCGGCGGCAGCCAUCCGGACCUCCCCGGAGCCCCAGAUGGUGGGUCCGGAGGAUGCCGGAGCCUGUUCGGGAAGGAGCCCCAAGUUGUUCCCGGUGCCUUCGCCGGAGCCCGCGGGCCAGGACGGAAAGAUGAUCCGGGCCACGGGCGGCUUCGGCGGAGGCGUCGGCGCUGUGGAGCCUCUGGAGGAGGCUGAGGAGGAGGAGGAGGAGGAGACGCCGCAGCUGCUCCAGCGUUACCUCGCGGCGGCCGGGGCACAGCUGGAGCCGGGGCUGCUGUACCGUCCGGUGCUCGGCGGCCAGGCCGGCGCCCCGCAGCCCGCGGCAGUGCCUCUCUCGGACGCUUGCCCGCCGGGAGCCAAGCACCUGGGCGCCGAGGCGGCCGAUGUCCGCGCGCCGGGACGCGGAGGCAUGACCAACGGGGACUCGGGCUUUCUGCGGGGCCGGGACUGUCGCGACCUGGCCCUCGCCGGCAGCCCGGAGCUGCGCUGCCGCCGCCGACCCUCCUGCGAUGCCCUCCGGCCGGAGGGGCCUGGCGACGAGACCGCGGACCGGGCGGGCAGCCCGUCCGACUGGGCCGCGCCGCUCGAGGACCCGCUGCGGAGCUGCUGUCUGGACACCGAGGAGCCCCGGGGUGCGGGCAGUGGCUCCGGGGACAGCAGCAGCGAGGACUUGGGGCAGCCGGGAGCCGGCGCACGGGGUCUGCAGGGGGGCGCGCCCCCAGCUACCUCGGCCGAGAGGACUAGUGGGGGCUUGGGCGCCGAGCCGCGCCUCUGCUUGCCCGACGUGCACUUAAAUUGCCGGAACACUUACGAGGUGAGCAGCCGCCAGAGCUCUCGCGACCACCUGCCCCCGGCGGAGCUGCCGGUGCCCUCGCCCGCCUCAGAGCAGAGCUCCGCGGGGACGGCGGCCCGGGCUCGACGGACCGGCGGCUUCGCCGACUUCUUCGCCAGAAACCUUUUUCCAAAAAGGACUAAGGAACUCAAGUCCGUUGUUCAUAGUGCUCCUGGCUGGAAAUUAUUUGGUAAAGUCCCUCCCAGAGAGAAUCUUCAGAAAACUUCCAAAAUCAUUCAGCAGGAAUACGAAGCACGGACAGGAAGGACCUGUAAACCACCACCCCAGUCUUCAAGACGUAAAAAUUUUGAAUUUGAGCCACUUUCUACCACUGCCUUGAUUCUUGAGGAUCGACCGUCAAAUCUUCCUGCCAAAUCUGUGGAAGAAGCCUUACGUCACCGACAAGAAUAUGAUGAGAUGGUGGCUGAGGCCAAAAAACGAGAAAUUAAGGAAGCAUAUAAAAGAAAAAGAAUAAUGAAGGAACGAUUUAAACAGGAAGAAAAUAUCGCAAAUGCAAUGGUGAUUUGGAUCAAUGAGAUCCUGCCCAACUGGGAAGUCAUGCGUAGUACAAGAAGAGUUCGAGAAUUGUGGUGGCAAGGGUUGCCCCCUAGUGUUCGUGGGAAAGUUUGGAGUCUAGCUGUAGGAAAUGAACUAAAUAUCACUCCUGAACUUUAUGAAAUCUUCCUCUCAAGAGCCAAAGAACGGUGGAAAAGCUUCAGUGAAACAAGUUCAGAGAAUGAUACAGAAGGUGUGUCUAUUGCUGAUCGAGAGGCCAGUCUGGAAUUAAUUAAGCUGGAUAUAUCCCGUACAUUUCCAUCUCUCUACAUCUUUCAGAAGGGUGGUCCAUAUCAUGAUGUUUUACAUAGUAUCUUAGGGGCAUACACAUGUUACAGACCUGAUGUUGGUUAUGUCCAGGGAAUGUCCUUCAUUGCAGCAGUCCUCAUUCUCAAUUUGGAAGAAGCAGAUGCCUUCAUUGCAUUUGCAAAUCUGCUGAAUAAGCCAUGCCAGUUGGCUUUUUUCCGGGUGGAUCAUGGCAUGAUGUUGAAAUAUUUUGCAACAUUUGAAGUAUUCUUUGAAGAAAAUCUCUCCAAACUAUUUCUUCAUUUCAAGUCUUACAGUCUUACACCAGAUAUAUACUUGAUAGACUGGAUUUUUACGCUGUACAGCAAAUCCUUACCACUUGAUCUGGCCUGUCGAGUGUGGGAUGUAUUUUGCAGAGACGGGGAGGAGUUUUUAUUUAGGACUGGUUUAGGAAUCCUUCGAUUAUAUGAAGAUAUUCUUCUACAGAUGGACUUUAUUCAUAUUGCACAGUUUCUAACAAAAUUGCCAGAAGAUAUCACAUCAGAUAAACUGUUCAGCUGUAUUGCAGCCAUUCAGAUGCAGAAUAGCACCAAAAAAUGGGCUCAGGUCUUCGCGUCUGUAAUGAAGGAUAUUAAAGAAGGAGACAAGAACAGUAGUCCUGCUCUGAAAAGCUAAUCUGCAGAAGUAACAGGCUAACUGAGCAUGAGAUUCUUUUGGAUAAAUUUUGUUUCAUAGGUAGGAAGCAUGGAAGAAAAUGUUGAGAGAAAUCGAAAAUAAUCAGGAGGUGGAAAACUGCUGACUUUAAAUUCCAUGGCUUAAGUUAAAUAAGUAAUUUAUUGACAGUAUUAAUGAAAAAGUAUUUUGUAGGGAAAGCCAUUUUUCAAUGAAAAAAAUUUUAAAUGGCUACUUUAUACUCCAAAAUUUGGAGUGAAUAGUUUAAUGCAAUAACUUUUUAAAAUAGCUU